AUGCAAAUCAAGGCUUUACUUCUCUACUUCUUAGGUUUGCAAUUACUUUAUGUAACAAAGGCUGACCACUUUCGGGGAGGCACAAUAAGUUGGAAAUCAACAGGAAAUGGAUAUGAGGCGUGUCAUGUCCAGUUUUCCUUUCGACUUGGUUGGAGGUAUGGAGCGGGGCCAGGAUGCAAUACUUCUCGUAUAGGACAACUUGUAACUGGAAUGAGUACAACGUACUGGCGAUGUACAUCUGGAUGCACUCCAGCUGUAAGCCUUGACAAUGUCAAUUAUAUCUGCACUGGUGCUAGUGUGUCUGGAAACUGGGAACAAGGGGAGAGAACUUUUACAUAUACAUUUCCAGGCCCUGGUCCAUUCAAAGUUGAGUUCACUGGCGGUGCAUGGGUGACAUUAAGUAAUCGACCUGGAGGUAGUUGGUCUAUUGGAACAAUAGUUAAUUUAAAACAAAGAAGUGAUACUCACAAACCAAAUACUAGCCCAAUUACAACAGGAAAACCUAUGUAUAUAGUACAAUACAACUGUCAAAGUGACAUUCGAAUCCCUGUUGCUGAUGCCGACGGGGAUGACAUUCGAUGUCGCUGGUCAACUGGAACAGAAUGUGCCUCUAUAUGUAAUGCACUGCCUGCUGCUACUAUCGAUAGUAGAACCUGCACUAUUAAAUUCCCAUCUAAUCACACACAAAAUGGGAUCUUUGCUGUAGCUGUCACAAUGGAAGAUUUCCCAAAAUCGACGAUUUCUAUUGGUAGUACUGCCUACGGACCGAACACUCCCAUAUCUUCCGUUACAUUACAGUUUCUUAUUAAAACGCCACCACUGUCUGGAAGAUGCAACGACAAACCAGUGUUUGUCAGCCCCACUCCAUCUGCUGGUACAACCUUACAGACAAACAUAUUACAAGCAUUCCACGUGUCCUUUUAUGCUUCAGAUAGUAGAAGAAUUACAAAGAUGGACAUCACUUCACCUGCCGGUAUGACUUAUUCAUCACUACAGACUGUCUCCUCCAGACCUGGAACAUACUUUGUCAGCACUUCCUGGAUACCUCAACAGAACCAAGUAGGAUCUCACAUUGUUUGUGCUCUAGCCGAGGACACGUUUGGGAAAACCAGCGAAUCAAGGUGCUUAAAUAUCAACGUAAAUGACGUGAGUCCGUGUGUGAGUUCUCCUUGUACAAAUGGUGGCACGUGUGUACGACAAGGAAUCACUCAGAAUUACAGGUGUAACUGUUUACCUGGCUACACGGGACACAGGUGUGAAACAGAUAUUGAUGAAUGUGCCAGCUCUCCUUGUCAGAACAAUGGCUCAUGUAUUGAUGAGAUUAAUCAGUUCCAGUGCUCAUGUGUUCCGGGUUUUACUGGCUCCGUUUGUGAAAUGGGUAAUCUUUUUACUUUUGUUCAAACACUGUUUGUUUGUCUUAUGUCUUUUAAAGAUUUGUGGGGAAUCACAUCAUUUUUUUUAGGUUUAAAAUGUUUUGUUCUGUUUCCAGAUAUCAAUGAGUGUGCCAGUAACCCGUGUAUGAAUUCGGGUACCUGUAACGAUCUCAUUAACCAGUUCACUUGUUCUUGUCGAGCGGGGUAUACAGGGACAAUAUGUGACAUAGAUAUAAAUGAAUGUGCGCCAGAUCCCUGCAUUGUUAUUUUUGACUGUGAAGAUCGUGUGAACGAAUAUUACUGCAGGAUAAACAAAUGGAAACUUGCUAUCAUCAUUUGUAGUAUUCUUUUUGUAAAUCUGACGGUUAUUUCUAUUGUCAUUUACCUAUCAAAAAGACGAAAGUACAGAGAUGUCGACCAUUCUUGGUUGUCCAGUUUCAUUGACGUUCGUAAACCCGAUAUCCAGCCUAGGGUUUUAUUCAGAAGUGACAUUCCAUUUAAAAGAUUCUAAAUAAGGAAGUCAGUCACCCAAUUAUUAGAAGACUAACAGAGUCGACACAAAUUUAAAAAGACUCCUACUAGCUAAUUUUGAUACAUAUUAUAAAUUAUGUUUUA